AUGAGCGACACAGCAUCUACUGUCAAGAGAAGGGCAUGUGUGGUGUGCACGGCCGCCAAAGCAAAAUGCACGCCGCACAGCCUGAACCUGUGCCGGAGAUGCGCCCGCCUGGGGAAAGAUUGCACAUACCUUGACCUUCCACAGACGAAGCGUAAGCACAGGACAGGACCGAGCCGCGUGGAGUUGCUAGAGAAGAAAAUCGACCAGCUGAACUCACAACUCGCUGUCUUCUCCCGACCGACCGACCAGCUAUCGCCUGGUAUUUCCAAUGAACUCACCAAUGACUUGAAUUCCCCAACAAAUAAUCCAGACUCAUCUCGUUCUUCGCAGCUCGACCCAGAAGACAUCUCCGCGAUGCUAGAUGCUGCGAAUGAACCAUCUCACGGUCGCGAUCCGCCGACCAGAUCUGCCCUGGAGGGCCAGCCGUCAAUCGUUGAUCGAGGCCUUUUGAGUGAAGCUGAGGCUGACUACUUCCUUAAAAUAUUCCAGCUGGAAUUAGUCCCUAGGUUUCCCUUUGUGUUGCUUGCACAAGGUGAAACAGUUAAUCGCCUAAUGAACCAACAGCCUUUUCUAUUUUUGUCCAUUGUGUCCGCGACCAUGCGCAGUGGGCACCCUCUGCGUACGACUGUCGCGGAGGAGAUCAUGAAGCAUGUCACUAUGAGAGUUGUGGUACAAUCGGAGAGGAAUCUCGAAUUGCUUCAAGGUCUCUUAGUCUGCAGCGCAUGGUAUUCGUAUCCCGGCGAGAAACACCACCCCCGGCUUUUACUGUUGGUUCAGUUUUGUGUUUCCAUAUUAUAUGAUUUGGGCCUCCACAAGAAACCUAAUUUAAAGUCUGAUGAGCGCCAGGCCCUGCUUGGUACUUAUUGGCUGUCAGUCGGUCUCUACGGUACGCUCGGUCGGCCAAUUACUAUGAAGCACGAUGCUCAAAUCAACCAAUGCCUUGAUAGUAUCAGGUCUACUGAGCAUUUUUCAGACCGUUGGAUUGCACCAUUUAUUCACCUCCAGUCCUUUUUGGCAACAAUGGAUGAAGUCUACGCCUUAAUGCAAGCAAGUGGCGGAAAAACACUCGUACAACUUACACACGAUUCUCUGCAGCGACAGUUUGAUAUUGUGAAGGUGCGCGUAGAACAAGAUCUUGAAAGCUGCCCGUCGUCAACAGGGAAUGCAAUACGUGUUGAAAUCAAAUACGUGGAACUGCGCCUCGAAGAGUUAUCGCUCCAUGAGCAAAUGUGGAUUGCAGAACCCGACUGUGCAGUUCGAAUAUCAAUGCUGAUGGCUGUUAUUCAACAGAGUAAGGAGCUCAUUCACACUAUCAUAAGGCUGCCAGCGUCGGAUAUCUCCCGAAUAACUAUACCUGCAUGUGCACACAUAUGCGCCGCCGUUGGUUAUAUGCCCUCUGCGGUAUUAAUCCUUCUCAAUCUAAUUAUUGGCACAUCUGACCCUGGCGUGGAAUCUCAGAUGAAGGAUGUUGUUGAUUUAGCAGACUAUUCAAACCUGCUUACAGAACUUACAAAUGCGAUGGAGGCACAAUUCGAUGGGGUGUCUGCCGAGAACAAAGAGACGGAUGUUAGCGGUUGCUCGGAGCGCGCCGCGACAGACCGCAAGGGACGAUACUACAAUGAUGACAGUUGA